AUGGCUUCAGGCAAAGACACUUGUCCUAUCUUACCUAAACUCACCAACGACUGUUCUAAUGAGAAUUCAUCUAAGCCUGCUAAUAAGUGUGGUGAGAUUCAUUUGCCACGGUUUUCAUUAAAGCAUGGGAUGAUCCCAAGACGUUAUGUAAUGCCUUGGAAACAGAACAUGAAAUUCAGGAAUGUGAAUCUGAAGCAUGCAGAAGCAUGUGGCAUCCAUGCUGGCCCUUUGGAAGACUCUCUGUUUUUGAAUCACAGUGAAAGGCUUUGCCAUGGGGAAGAUCGUAAAGUUGUCUUGAAGAAAAUCCCACCAGAAAUAAAAAUUGCAGAUAUGCCUCUGCAUUCACCUCUCUCCAAGUACCAAAGCACUGUGAUUUCCCAUGGCUUCAGGAGGCGACUGAUCUGAUGA